AUCCUCCUCCUCGUUUUGAACGUCUCACUCAUGGCCGAUCAGUGUGUUCGUUCUGAUUAGCUCUUAAUUGAGAUCACCUGUCACGCACCCCUUUAUUAAAGGUGGACACAAUGGGUUUGGUUUACUUUUCGCAUCGGCCUGUGUCAAUCGAGGUUGAGUUUAGUGAGGGUUGAAAGUUUUCGAUCUAGAUUGCAGAUCACUAUUGUCACUUUAUACAAACUGAAAGUAUGCGUUGUUGCGUGUUUGUUUUUGUGGGCAUUUGACUGAACAGCCCAGACAAAUAUUGCUACCAACAUGGCACUUCGAAACAGACCACCGCAAUCAGAGUCUCUCCAUUUUCCACCAUAUCUCGGUCGUCAAGGAGACGACCAUGCUGCUGUUUUGAUUGACAGCUCGUCAUCAGUGCUGGCGGUGGUUGCCAUGGCAGCAGAGCUGACUCAGGACCAGGUGUCGUGGACCAGGAGAGAAGGGGAAAACGUCUCCUUCAGAUGUACAGACACUGACCAGUGUGGUCUUAUCUACUGGUACCAGAAGAAAGAGGGGGAAACGUUAGCCGUGAUUCUUUCUUUUGAAAAAAGUUUGGGUCAAGUACAAAAAGGAUUCAACCAUCCUCAGGAAGAUGACUUCUCAUCAGUCCUCAAAGAGAACAGCUGGGAGUUGUCGCUUCAGAAGGUGAAAGCGUCCCAUUCUGCCACCUACUACUGUUCCUGUUUGACAAGUGGUCGCACACAGUACAGGUCAGUGGAGCGGCCCAAAGUGAGCGUCUACCCAGCGACGGGAGCUGAUUUAAAGGGCCGGCGCUCCCUGCUGUGUGUAGCCAGAGACAUGGUCCCUGAGGAGGUCCGGGUGUCCUGGAGGAGGAGAGGGGGGGGCGGAGGGGGGGGGAAGGACGGGGAGCAGCUGGAGCUCAGAGGACCGACAUACGCUGCCAGCAUCCUGGUUAUUGAUCAGGGAGAAACCCUCAUGGAUCCAUACAUCUGUAGAGUUGAGCAUGAGAGCGGUCUGCAGGAGGUGGAGUUCCCAGAAGGCCCCGGAAAGACAGAUGUUACCUUAGCGACGGCAGUUACUACGGACCCCCGGCGUCCAGGGAGACCCAGAGAAGGUCCUUCAGAUGAAACACACCAGUCCCUCCAGGUGCUGUCCAGAGCCAGGCUGGCGUCUGUGCUCUACACAGUGAUGGUGGUGAAGAGUGGGCUCUGCUGCUGUGGCCUGGCUCUCCUGCUCCUCCACACCAACAAGACCAGCAGGACGCCCAGAACCAGCACCACCACAGCCCUGGACUGACGCUGUUGUCCCCCAGAACCAGCACCACCACAGCCCUGGACUGACGCUGCUGUCCCCCAGAACCAGCAGACCCACCUCGUACAACCUUAAGAGGUCACCAUGUCAUCAUGUCAUCAUGUCAUCAUGUCACCAUGUCAUCAUGUCAUCAUGUCACCAUGUCACCAUGUCACCAUGUCACCAUGUCAUCAUGUCAUCAUGUCAUCAUGUCACCAUGUCAUCAUGUCAUCAUGUCAUCAUGUCACCAUGUCAUCAUGUCAUCAUGUCACCAUGUCAUCAUGUUAUUCAUUUCUACUCUCCACAUUCUUCUGCUCUUUUCCCUCCACUGUUUGGACCAGAAUACUGCAGUGGUGUUUCACGGUUUUCUGUUUCCUGUCUCUUAGUGUGUACUGUCGCCCAUGUAACAUCUAACACACUCCCUUCAUUUAAACAGGCCCUCAAAACCCACCUUUUCAUGAUCGCUUUCAACACAUAACCUCCUUCCCUUCUCUACCUUCCCUCCUUUUAACGAGUCUUUUAUACCUAUUUCAGUUUUUUAGAUACCUAUUUUUAGAAAA